UAAAAUAAAAUAUUGAGCGGAUUGAAACCAACCAACUAACCCAUAAAAUUUUGGGCGGGUUGGGAGCAGAAUCAGAUACUCCCACAUCCAUUUAUUCACCCAAAUUUACAUUUUCUCGGAAAAUUCAUCCAAAACCAUGAGGACCGUUACUCCGCCGUCGAAAUCCACCGUUCCAUCGCCGGACGACGACGCCGAUAUAAUCCGCCCCAACACCGCCAUUCCCGGCGGCGUAAACGUCGGCGCAGGUUUACGAAAGAAGGCCACCGGUGUACGAUCAUGGCUUCUAUUAGAUUCAACUGGACAAACUCAAGUUGUAGAAGCCGGAAAACACGCAAUUAUGCGGCGUACUGGACUUCCGGCUCGUGAUCUUCGGAUAUUGGAUCCGCUUUUGUCGUAUCCGUCUACUGUAUUGGGUCGUGAAAGGGCAAUUGUUAUUAAUUUGGAGCAUAUUAAGGCUAUUAUUACUGCACAGGAAGUUCUAUUGCUUAAUGCUAGGGAUCCUUCCGUUGCUCCUUUUGUUGAAGAGCUUCAACGUAGAAUUUUGCGUCAUCAUCAAGCUACCAAAUCCCAGGAAGCUGGAGGGGGUGGCAAUAAGGCAGACUGGACAAAUCUGUAUGAUCUUGAAGAGCCACAAUCUGAUGUAGUUUCACCUCCAAACUUUUCUCCAAGCUUCCGAGCAAAGGAUGAGAACAAGGCUGAUGGGAAGCAGCAAGCGGGUGAGAAUCGAGAUGGACCAAAGCUUCUUCCUUUUGAGUUUGUUGCUUUGGAGGCAUGUCUGGAGGCUGCUUGCAGUUGCUUGGACAAUGAGGCAAGGACACUGGAGCAAGAAGCUCAUCCUGCUUUGGAUAAGCUGACUUCAAAGAUUAGUACUCUCAACUUGGAACGUGUUCGUCAAAUCAAAAGUCGCUUGGUUGCUAUUACAGGACGUGUUCAGAAGGUCAGAGAUGAACUGGAGCAUCUACUAGAUGAUGAUGAAGAUAUGGCAGAGAUGUAUUUGACUGACAAACUGAUGGAACAACUUGAAAAUUCUUCUGUUUCCUCUAUAAGUGGGCAAGAUGGCAUCGAUGAGGAAGUUAUUCAGCCAAACAUGGAUGAUAGGGUUCCUGUGGAAAUUUCAAUGGACGAAAAUGCAGGUUCCACCAGUUACGAUGCAGAGAUACCACAUAUUGACAACCAUGAGGAACGUUUAUAUGGUGGUCCUAAUGCUCUUAGCCGAGGUAGUCGUGGGACACAUACUAGUACGACUCGGAGUGCCAUAAGCAAGCAUCUUGAUGUAGAGGAGCUUGAAAUGCUCCUAGAAGCAUACUUUGUUCAAGUUGACGGUACAUUAAAUAAACUGAGCACUCUUCGCGAGUAUGUGGAUGACACGGAAGACUAUAUCAACAUCAUGCUGGAUGACAAGCAGAACCAUCUUUUGCAAAUGGGAGUCAUGUUAACAACGGCAACUCUUGUGGUGAGCGCCUUUGUGGUUGUGGCAGGAAUUUUCGGUAUGAAUAUUGAGAUUGAACUGUUUGACGAAAAUAAAGCUGGGAUGCCGGAAUUCCUGUGGACAAUCGGUGGUGGUGCGGCUGGCAGUCUCUUCUUAUAUGUGAUUGCAAUUGCCUGGGGUAAGCACAAGCAAUUGCUGGAGUAAAUAGAAUGAAUUGUGAACAUAUUGGCAUUUAUUAAUUUGACCAAUGAAAACCAAGAUAAAGUGAAUUUUACCAUACCCUAUGAUGUAUCUCUGAUUCUUCGAAAUAAUUAUUUAAUUUGGAAAAUGUAUAGUUAGCUCAAGCAUGUUUGAUGAA